GGACUCGGACCCGCUCCUUCACUGCUGCUGGUGGAGUGUCGAUGCAGGCUAGCUGGUCCGGCAGGGAGGCUGCCGUCCGCGAGACCUCGCCUCCCUCCUCCUCCAAGGCUGGUGCCACUGAGGCCUCCACCUCCCAGGCCAGGACACUCCUGAAGUUUCCCUUUUGGAGGCUGGGAGCAUCUCCGAGGCCUGCACUUCUCAGGGCGGGGCGGGCAAUUCCAAGGAGAGCAGCGAGAGUGGGGAAGCAGCCGGCGAGGCGAAUUCCGUUGCUAGUACCAUGCUGGACAUAUUCGGCUCCAUCCCCACCCAGAUGGGCUACAAGAGUCAAAAACUAGCAGAACAGAUUUUUCGAGGGAUCAUUCUUGUUUCUGCGGUAAUUGGUUUUAUCUAUGGCUACGUCGCUGAACAGUUCGGUUGGGCUGUCUAUAUAGAUAUGGCUGGGUUUGCUUUAUCGUGCCUGCUUACAUUCCCUCCAUGGCCUAUGUACCGCCGUAAUCCUCUGAAAUGGCUACCUGUCCAAGAGUCGGGAACAGAAGAUAAGAAACCAGCAGAGAGAACUGAAAAGGCAUACUCAAAGUUGAAGAAUAUGAACCCUCAUGAUGUAACACUGGAGAAUUUUACUUCAUUAAAAGUUUCUAGAAUGAUAAAAAAAACUGGCACCCUGUUGACAGUAUAAGACAGGCAAAAUUUUGAAUGGUGAAGGAGACUGGAACUUCUCUUCCCCCCUCUAGGAGUAACUGCUCCUGGACAGGAACAAGGGACAUCAACAGUGCAGUGUGAGAAAGUCUGCACUGACACUACCUGUGCCAUGUUGCUUAAUACAUACAAA